CCUUUUUUGGGCUGCCUUGGGGUUUAAAUCGGGCACGAGAGCCACCCCUUGUUGGUAGCGACAACAAAACCAAUCCACAAUGACUAUCUCUAAUGCCCCGUCUGAGCCAUGGCAGGCAAUAGCCGCCAAAAAGAGAGAAGAGGCUGCAAAGAAAAUCCCGGCUGAGUGGAAAUUGGCGUCUAAGUAUACAGAGGGCGUUAGCGAAACAUCCACCGCCAGCGUGCUCCAUGUGCCUAGAGAGUGUGGCCUUCUAUCUGCCAGAGAACUUGAGAUCACCGAGAAAUAUGACGCUGUCGAGCUGCUCAAGGCUAUAUCUACGGCCAAAUUCACUGCCCUGGAAGUUACGGUGGCCUUUUGCAAGCGAGCAGCGAUCGCGCAGCAGCUGGUACAAUGUCUAACUGAGACAUUCUUCGACGAAGCAAUUGCCCGUGCUAAAGAGCUGGACGAGUACUUUGCAAAGACUGGCAAGGUCAAGGGACCCUUCCACGGCCUGCCGAUCAGCCUCAAGGACGCGUUCAAUGUCAAAGGACACGAAACCACUAUCGGGUUUGUCUCGUAUUUCGGCAAGUCCACAGCAGCAAGCAACGCACCGUUGGUGGACAUUUUGCUCGAGCUCGGUGCCGUUCUCUACGUCAAGACCAACAUCCCCCAGACCAUGAUGUCCGCCGACUCGCACAACAAUAUUUUUGGUCGAGUCCUGAACCCGCAUAACCCCAGCCUCGGAGCCGGCGGCAGCAGCGGAGGCGAAGGCGCCUUGAUAGCCAUGCGAGGCUCCAUCCUGGGCGUUGGGACAGACGUCGCCGGGUCAAUCCGCAUCCCAGCACUCUGCUGCGGAGGGUUCGGCUUCAAACCCACGGUCGGUCGGAUUCCAGAUAGCGGCCAGGGGUCUGGGGCGCGCAAGGGCAGUCCUGGUGUCGCUGCGUGCGCGGGGCCACUGGCGACUACGUUCCGCGAUCUGAAGCUGUUCAUGGAUACGGUCAUGGCGGAGAAGCCUUGGAAUAGGGAUCCGACUGCAUUGGCUGUGCCUUGGAGGCCGUCUCCUACUGUAACGGAGGGUCCAUUGACCAUCGGGGUCGUCGGAGAGGACCCGGUAUAUCCAUUCCAACCGUCUGUGCUGCGCACACUUAAUGCAGCUGUCGAGGCUCUGAAAAGGGACGGCCAUACAAUCAAGAUACUAAAAGAUGUUCCAUCAAUCUCUGAUGCAGCAGCACUGGCCUUUAAUAUGUUCGCGUUGGACCCGAACAGUACCCAUUACACGCAUAUCCAUGCAAGCGGUGAACCGGAAGUUCCCUCCUUGAAGGACAGUCUGCCGGAUCUUUGGGACAAAAAAUAUACAGUAGACGAUAUCUUCGACCUCAACGCUCAGCGCGCUGGCUUUGUUUCUCGAUGGAAGCAGAUUUGGCGGGAUAACGGUCUGGAUGCGAUCGUCAUGCCGGGGCAUCGAAAGACCGCCGGUGCUCAUGAUACUUACGGCCAUCCGGCAUAUACGGUUGUGUGGAAUUUAGUCGAUUGGCCUGCUUGCGUGAUUCCGUAUGGAAAGGUUGAUCCGGUGUUGGAUUCGGUGGAUGCAAACUAUGAUCCCGGCCAGUUUGAAAAUGCACCGUGCUCGAUUCAGGUGGUUGCACGGCAAUUCGAAGAUGAGGAGCUGCUCUCAGUAGCCAGUGUGAUCGGAGCCAGGUUGGUUUGAUAGAUAGACUAUAUAACGGAGUAACUGUCUUCAAUCUAUAUGUAUACAUCAAAUGGGCAGGUUAGAAAGUAGUUCAUGACUUGCAGCCCGUCUCCUUUUUAUCAGCAUUCCAGUUUGCUAAUGAACUAUGAGUGCCUCGAUCUUGGUGAUUCUGCA